AUGUUUCGAGUGACUCGUAUCCUUCUGAAAGCUCACCCAGCUCCCACGGUGAACCCUGUCGCUACAGCCAAGGUAAUCAACAGCGCAACUUCCGCCUCCCCCGACUCCUUCCACAUCCCCAUCAUUAACUUCGAGCCCUUCUUCUCCGGCUCGCGUCUCUCCAAGGAAACAGUCGCCCAGGAAGUUCUCUCAGGCUUCGUCAAUUCAGGGUUCAUCUACCUCAAAGGCUGGGAAAAGGUCCUUUCGAAAGAUGUGGUGAAUACGACGUUCGAGGAGAGUGCAAGGUUUUUCGCACGUCCAACGGAGGAGAAAGCUGAGUUACAAUGGAUGACGCCGGAGUCGAAUAGGGGAUAUGUCACUGCUGGACGCGAGCGUGUAUCACGUCUUGCUUCCGUGGACGAGAUUGAGAAGUUGAAGAAAGCCAAUCCCGAUAUCAAGGAGUCCAUGGAAAUCGGAAAAGAAAUGCCCGCAGACACACCCAAGGAAUUCACCAACCGCUGGCCCAAAGACGAUGAGCAGUUCAAAUCCACCAUGACAAACUUCUUCGAGAAAUGCCACGCCCUCCACCUCGAAGUCCUCUCCUCCAUCGCGCUUGGCCUGGGCUUAGAGCCCCGCUGGUUUGAUCAGCAUUGUGAUGCGAAAGACCAUAAUCUCCGUCUUCUGCACUACCCUUCAGUCAAGAAGGAUCAGAUCAGCGCAAAUAAAUCGAAUCGAGCGGGUGCGCAUACGGAUUACGGCACCAUCACCCUCCUGUUCCAAGACUCAGCCGGCGGACUGGAAGUCCUCUCCCCUACCGGUCAGUAUAUCGCCGCUCCACCCAUUCCCGGCACGAUCGUCGUUAACGCGGGUGAUUUGUUGGCACGCUGGUCCAAUGACAAAAUCAUGUCAACGGAACACCGUGUCGUUGCUCCAGCCUCUUCACCGGAUAAUGAUGUGUAUCCUGCAAGGUAUUCGAUUGCGUUCUUCGCGAAUCCGAACUACGAGACGGAGAUUGAGGCGUUGGAGGGGACGUUUAGGAAUGGCAAGGAGAAGAAGUAUGAGAGGAUUAACACACUCGAUUAUCUUGUGCAGAGGUUGACUGCUACGUAUGGAAAGAAGUAG